CUGAUCAUCAUCAUCAUGCAGACUAAUUUCAUCGGCAAUAUUAUACCGAUGAUCGGCUAUAUGUAUAUAUAUAGUAUGGUAUAUAUAUAUAUGGCGGCGGCCAAAGUGCAUGGAUUUUUCACAGAUGGUCAAUUACCACCUGGGUUUAGGUUUGUCCCAACUGAUGAAGAGUUGGUAAAACACUAUCUGCGGAAAAAGGAGCUUUCCAUCCCACUUCCAGGACCAGUACUUUUUCACGACGUUGAUGCAACAAACCUUUAUUCCACUCAUCCCAAGUGUUUAGUGAAAUUCCUGGAUGGGGAGAGAGAAUGGUUUUUCUUUUUUCACGAAGAUGAAGACUCUCGUGAGCGAAUUCUUCGAAGAUCAAGAAAAGCUCGAGUACUUGUUGAAAAUGGAGGAGGGUUUUGGAAACCAUGGCAGGAAAAGGAUCCGAUAUGCAAUGAGGAUGGACAUAUCAUUGCCUGGAAGACAGAUCUUACUUAUUUUUCUGUAGCUACUAAUUCAAAGGCAAAGAAAACACAUUGGACAAUGCAACAGUACCGAAUAGUACUACCCCAUGUUGUGGGAUCAUGUAUAAGUAGUAGUACUGUAGAGAAAAAUUCCCAGGUAAAAUCGAUGUUUUGGGGUCUUCUUUUUUUCUUUUUUCUUUUUUUUUUUUCCUUGUACCUUCUGAUAUAUCCAAGACUGCAAAACGAUGAGAACUGGAGGUCCCCUGAACCUGAUGAUCAAUCCUGAGUCUGCAAAUUAAUGCGUGAACAUCAUGUACUGUUAUAAGUGUAGGUAUAGUGAACACUAAAAUGGGCGUAUUUUUGCAAUGCAGAGAGAUCAGGGAAUCUGGGUAUUGUGCAGACUCAGAAGAGGUAGGGAGUACGUGUCCAGUUUUUAGCAACGUGCUGCUUGCUUGCUUUCUAUCUUUUGGCGCGCAGUUUGAUUAUUUUUCUAUCAAUUUAUUAAUGGAGCUAUGAAUUAUAAGCUUGAAUCAUCGAUCAUGUAUCAACGGCUAUAUAUCCAUUGCCAAUAAGCUACGUACAACGCCGAAUAAUGGUGUUGGCUCAUAUAUAUGGCCAUUUGAUGCAUCGAUCAGAUGGGGAAACACGAGUAAUUCGAGUCUCGAUCGA